GGACUUCUCGCGAGCCUGGGAAGUUCGCUUUGGCGCUUAAAACAAAAGCGGGGGAGGGCUCCCGAGGGCCCGCGUGUGGCGGCAGGACGCGAGUCGAGCGCUUCUCACGGCAUUAACAGUUUUCCUUUCACCUCAAAAGAAAAUGGCUGCAUCAGGUCUGGCAGCAAGAGUGGAAACUUGGCUUUCAUCUACAUGGCAUGUGAAGGUUCCUGCACCAUGGCUAGAAGCGUGUAUUGAUUGGAUUCAACAAGAAAAUGGCAGUGGCAGUUUGGCUCAGGCUUCUAUUAACAAGCAAGUUUUUGAACAGUGGCUUCUUACAGAUCUCCGAGAUCUCGAAUACCCAGUUCUGCCUGACUGCAUUUCAAACAAUCCAAAGGGAGAAUUGAACAGCUUUUAUUCCAUACAGAUUGAUUCACUUGUUGAUGUGAGUCAGCCUGCCUAUUCCCAACUGCAAAAGAUAAGAAAGAAAAAUACUGUAAAUGAGGAAAUAACUGCUAAUACACAGGGAACAUUGAGGCCCUGGGAAGCAAAGCCUACUCGAAUGCUGAUGCUGCAGUUGACAGAUGGCAUACAUGACAUUCAAGGCAUGGAAUACCAGCCUAUUCCUGUUCUCCAUAGCAAUCUUCCUCCAGGGACAAAGGUUAUGAUACAGGGGAAAGUUGCAUAUCGCUUAGGUGUUCUUUUGCUUAAACCAGAAAAUGUAAGAUUGCUGGGGGGUGAAGUGGAUAGCCUUGUGGAAGAUAACUCUGAAGAAAGAGUUCUUGCUAGGCUUAUUAGAGAAGAAGACAGAAAUCCUAAUGCUGAGAAACCAAAUGCUGCUGAAUGUGACAUUUCAAUACCUGUUGAUGAAGUGGGCCCUUCUGAUGAAGAGCUUCUGGCAAGUCUUGGGGGAAAUGAAGAAUUAAUGAUAAAUGAGGCCCCUUUUGAAAGUAGAUGCUGCACCCGAAGUACCAGAUUAAAUUCCACCACAUCUCUGCUUCCCACUACUGAAAGCUGUUUGCAGCAAGACCCUGCAGCGUUCAUUGCAGAAAAUGAAGAACAAAGUGUUCCAGUUCUGGGAAACAUGGAAGGAGAUUUCUAUGAGUUUCCAUUGGAGGAUGAUUUACUUUUAGAAGAAGAGAUCAUGCAAGAACAGAUAGAGGUUCUGACUAGAAGCCCUAGCAUAAAUAGUGCUGGGGAAUCUGGCGAAACAAUAAUGUGUGAUAUACAUGAAGAAAGCACAGGAGAUUUUUUAAUGAAACUUAAUGCCCAGAGAACCAAAAACAUGGAAGGCCGUUUUGGAAAUAUGAUGGUACAAGAGAAAAACAAUGAAAAGCCCUCCAAUAAUUCUAACAAUAGGCUAACAGACAUUAAUGUAGAACUUGAACAAUAUCCUCAACCUGAACAGACUUGCAGAAUACAAAAUAAGUGCCACAAAGUUGAUUUAAAUGCCCUUCCCUUCACAUAUUUAUCAGUUUUAUUAAGUAACAAGCCCAAGGCUAUUACAACUCUGAAAAUUAGAGCAUUUAUAGUAACUCUUACCAGAAAUCUGACAAGCAGUGGUGGCUUUUCAAGUUUAUCAGCAAAAAUAUCUGAUGGUACAGCUUAUUUAGAAGUGGAUUUUGCUGAUGAGAUUCUAACAAGCUUGAUCGGGUUUUCAGCACCUGAAAUGAAACAACUAAAGAAAGAUCCUGUCCUAGGCCCCAGAAUUAAGGAAGGUUUACAGAAUUGCCAACGAGCACUAAUAGACCUCUGUUGUUUGAUGACCAUCAAAUUUAACCCUUCUCAGACAAAAGCAACAGUAAUAGUUUUGCAAGACAUUAAUGCAAAUGAUUUCAAUAAUUUAAAAGAACGCCUAAAUACAUGCUGCAUUUAAGUAAAACUCUUGUUUGCGAUCCCAUAAAGUUGUUAAAUCACAAAUCAUAUUUAGUUAUUAGGUGAAAUGGCGUUUUGUGGGCGCUUGAAUUCAGAAAAUAUCAGUGGGAUAGUAGGAAAAUACUUGAGUACUGCGGCGUGUUUUCAUUGGUACUUGUCUAUUUUAACAAAGGUUUGUGCUGGUUUUUUUCAAAAAUACUUUCUCAUGCUAUCAGGAAAAAACAAGAGUUAUAGCCAGUGAUAACAGUGUAAAGCAAUAUUCAGCUAUGCCCUCACCCCACAUCUGCCCUGGAGGGUCCUUCAACAUUCUGGAGUGGAUUUAGGUGGUGGGGGCUGCAAGAGGGAUGGGGAAUCACUCAAAAUUGCUUACCUCCUAUUCUAUUGAUGAGAGCCUGACUAUCGGCUAAGCGACACUGUUGGACAUAACUGAAGGUUUUGGAAAUACUGUAAAUGAAAAUCCAGUAUUACCGGAGCGCAUUUCUAAGACUUUAUAAGCUUUCUGAAAAUAAAUUGAUGCUUAAACUGUUGUGAUAGGCAAGUCAGAAUUGUUCAAUUUGCAAUGUCUUUCUGCUACUUUUAAGGUAUUUGUGCAUCAUGUCAUUUCUAUCUUACUCAUUUUGAAAAACCUGAAAUAAAACUAUUUGUAAGCCUA